UUUACUCCAAACCAUAUUCUCGUCGACCACCACCACCCAGACAUCCAUAUUCCAUUCGCUCGUCGAUAUCGACAGCGACCACCGCUUUCGUUAUUAUCGUGGCGCCUACCAGCCCUCAGAUGUUCUCGAGCCCAACUCCAGCUCCGGGAAGUCGUACUCUCGCCGCCAAUGCGCUAAAAGGCGCAGGCCUCAUCGACCGCGACGAGCGCAUGCGCGAUAUAUCCGAUAAACCUGGCGGGCGUAAAGGAUCUUCGAAGAUUCGCUCACAUCGAUCCCGACCAAUAGAUGUCUUCAAGGAACAACCAAGUACCAAUCGUCCCUCUUCCAUGCUUGCCACGCGAAUAUCAGGCGCUUCGGAAGGUCUGGCUAUCCGUGGAGCCUCGAGGCCGACGACGAUGGGGCGUCUUCGCAGGAACGCCGUUUCAACGGCUCCCGGUGGAAAUCCUGGGAAUAUGGUAUCGUCGUCCGGUCGCAUUGCCACCGUUGCCGUCAAAGCUGUAGAUAUUUGGAGGGAGUUUGUUAAUAGGCGUUGGAAUCCUGAAGCGCGAUUUUUAAAUCUUGAGCGCAUGAUGGACGACUCGGAGCUCCAAAAGCAUAAUUUACUACCCCCAGGCGCCCCAGGGUCUUCACUUCGCGAAGCAUCCGUUAUUUUCAAACUAGCGUCUCACCUGAAGCCUUCGGUGCAAACGUUAUCGCUCGCCAAUAACAAUAUCGGCGGUGGACAACUGCUAUCUACUCUUGCGCACUAUUUACCGAAGCUCGCAAAUCUUUCUUUACAGAACAACAGCUUGCGACAGUGGAGAGACAUCGACUUUAUAUCUGGAAGAAAGGGCAAGCUCGAGCAUCUCCGGGAAUUAAUCUUACUCGGAAACCCUCUUCGGGAUACAGAUAUUCAGCAUGGACGUGGCGACAAGUACAAGAGUGACGUGAGCAGAAGAUUCCCCUCUCUGGUCAUGCUAGACCAGGAAGCAAUAGCCGCUAUAGCAUUUGAUGCGCCGGGCCCUUCAUCAGCUCCGGCUGCUCCCAAACGUCCCACUGCCACAACUUUUCCAUGCGAGAUGGCGCCGUCAUUUAUCGCUGGUGUAGAAGGUUCUAUCGUUAGCAACUUUCUCAUGCGCUUUUUCCCUAUGUUUGACGACCAACGUUCCAAUCUGGUGGAUGUGUAUCAUCCAACAGCAACAUUCUCGUAUUCUAUAAACACUGUCAUCCCAACACGCGCUCGAAUGCAAGGUCUUCACAGUUCAAAGGAGCUGCCGAAUCAGAAGAAAUUAGAAUGGGCCCCUUGGCUCUCCGGAGGUUCAGGUGGUUCUCGGAAUCUAAGCAGAAUGGGAGGCGGUAUGGAUAAGAUGGUGAAUAGCCUACAUAUCGGCAGUGAAGAAGUCUUGAGAUCUAUGAUGGACUUGCCCAAGACGAAACACGACGUGGCGGGUGCAUCGGAAAAGUUUUGUGUGGAUGCUUGGCCUGUUGGACAAGGAGAAGGGAUGAACUUGUUUAUUGCUGUCCAUGGCCAAUUUACGGAAGCACCAUCACAAGGUGUUCGAUCCUUUGAUCGGUCCUUCGUUUUGGCGCCUGCGCCUCCAGGCUCUCGAGCGAAACUCAAUGGCUGGGACGUCAUGGUUCUAUCAGAUCAAUGGGUCAUUCGUGCUUACUCUAGCUAUGAGGCGUGGCAGCCGGGACCUAUGCGAGUCCAAGCUGGGGAGGUUUUACCUGCUCAGCCUCAGACUGCACUGCCAGCUCCAGCAGCCCAAGCGCAGCUACAAGAAGCCUUAUCUGCAUUUUCAGAACCUCAGCGUAUGCUAAUCAUGCAGACAUGCCAGCGGACCGGACUGAACGUGAAGUUUGCCGUGGACUGUCUGCAAAAUAACGCAUGGGAUCUGGAUCGCGCUAUCGCGAAUUUUGAACAAGUCAAAGGAGCGUUAUCGCGAGAAGCGUUCCUGUGACCCAAGCAUAGUUUUCACACAUUAUUAGGACAUCGUUUUCGGCACGAUGGGUGUUCUAAUAUCAGGACUGUCUUAAACACUUUUUACCACAUCAAUCUAUUUACUUUUGGCGGGCUCAAUGUUAGUAAAUGUAAUGCUCAUAUCAUUCUUGACUUCCUUAUCGCAGGCAUACGUAUCUCUGAAUUGCAUCAUCACCCACAGUAUCACACAUAAAAUUCCACCGCCCUUAUUUUCCCAUCCAAAUGAUAUAUGUUUUGUGAUU